AUGGAAGCUCAGGUGCCGUGUAGGAAGCGCCGAUGCCGCCCUUCUAAGAAAAAGCGGCAGCGACAGAAGAAACAUGCGAGUGUCGAUCUCAAGGACAAUGAAAAGAACGAAACUCAAGCUCAUGGUGACCAAGUCUCUGAUCAUCAAAAAAUAAAGGACGGAGUUGAAAUGCAGAGACCUCCACAGGAACACAUUGAGGUUCUACAAAGUAGCUACAACUCGAAGAGCAAAGACGUUCAAGACCCGAUUCAUAACCGGAAAGAGCGCGAUAGAAGCCGUGAACACGAGCACAAUGACAAUAAAGAGGAGAGGAGUCUGGAGGACGAACGCAAGCGCAGAGCAAAGAGUCUGAUCCAAGCUUCUCACGGCAAUGAAUUCAAGUCGACACGGCCAUCAUUCGUAAAAGCGAAGUCGUUGUCUUGUAGCUACAAUUUAUCCUUGCCGGUGCAACAGCAACCGAAUCCAACUGAUCAAGUCGACGAUCUAGAAUUUAGAAAACUAGAAACUGGGCAAACCAAACAGCAAAGUCUUAACCGACAGCAGGAACCAGAACGUACAGAGUCUAGUGCUGGCGAGGAGAAUACAGUGACGAGUCAGUCACAUGACCACGACGACGACGGCCUCGACGGAAACGCAAUGAGCGAGUACGAGCGUAAACGUCGAGACACAAUUCUGCGCAAUCAGACGUUCCUCUUGCAAGUCGGGAUGUCGACAGCCAGAGCGGUGAUAAGGGGCGACGCAGAAGCUAAAGCCAAGAAAGAGGCGCUGGCACUGAUGCGCGCACAGCGAGCUGCUCACUACGCGGAGCUACCGAAGCGUAAAUCCCAGCGCUUGAGUGAAGAACCGAAGCCUGUCUUGACGCGGUCAGUGGAACUGGGUCAUCCGUUAGAUGUUCUCUCCGUGAAGCAGAUGCGUCAACCUCUCGGUAGUAAGCUCUACGUGAUGGACGCUAACGACGAAGAAGGCGAGAAAUUCUGCCAGGAAAUUGCUGGCGGGGUGGACGUGGUACAGGACAGCUCGACUGUGGAUCUUGAUGACAGUACGACGUACUCACUGGCAGACAAAGACAUCACCAAAGCUUUGCCAUACCUUACGACCACGAUGGCUUUCCUUCCGCGAGUCGACCGCGUUGUAGUUGCCGCUGGGGACAAGGAGGGACACAUCGCUCUGUGGUCUCCUUCUACUGAUACCAGCAGCUCCAUGGCAGCUCUAAGUCGACCCCACGGCUUUCCUGUCAGCCAGCUGCUUUUCCCCGACCCAUCGACUUUACUUUCGAGUAGUAUCGACGGUACUCACCAAGACUGGAACGUCGACAAAGCCCCGUCCAGCGUGGGACCCACGGAGGAUAAAUCAGUUUGUGAUCGGAUGCGCUGA